AUGGUUGGCGAUGACAAGGCUGUGUUGGACGACGAGGUUGUCCUGCAGUGUUCUGCCACAGUCCACAAGGAGCAGCAGAAGCUGUGUCUGGCAGCGGAGGGCUUCGGAAACAGACUCUGCUUCCUCGAGUCAACAUCCAACUCUAAGAAUGUCCCUCCAGACCUGUCCAUCUGUACGUUUGUCCUGGAGCAGUCCCUCUCAGUCCGGGCCCUGCAGGAGAUGCUGGCCAACACAGAAGAGAAGGCAGAAGGGAAAUUCAUGAUGAAGACGGCCCAGGGAGGGGGCCACCGCACCUUACUGUACGGACACGCUGUUCUGCUACGACACUCCUACAGCGGCAUGUACCUCUGUUGCCUCGGUACCUCCCGAUCCUCAACCGACAAACUGGCGUUUGAUGUUGGACUGCAGGAAGACACAACAGGAGAAGCUUGUUGGUGGACCAUCCACCCUGCCUCCAAGCAGAGGUCAGAGGGAGAGAAGGUCCGAGUCGGGGAUGACCUCAUCCUAGUUAGCGUGUCAUCAGAACGAUACCUGCACCUGUCGUACGGUAACGACAGCCUGCACGUGGACGCAGCCUUCCAGCAGACCCUCUGGAGCGUGGCUACUGUCUGCUCUGGCAGCGAGGUGGCGCAAGGGUUCAUGAUCGGCGGGGACGUGCUGAGGCUGCUCCAUGGUCACAUGGAUGAAUGUCUGACAGUGCCGUCGGGAGAACAUGGAGAGGAGCAGCGCAGGACGGUGCACUACGAGGGGGGAGCUGUGUCCAUCCACGCCCGUUCCCUCUGGAGGCUGGAGACCCUACGAGUGGCGUGGAGCGGCAGCCACACCCGCUGGGGUCAACCCUUCCGUCUCCGUCAUGUGACCACGGGGAAGUACCUCAGUAUCAUGGAGGAUAAGGGCCUGCUGCUGAUGGACAAGGAGAAGGCUGAUGUCAAGUCUACUGCCUUCUGUUUCCGGCCCUCCAAGGAAAAGCUGGACUUGGGGCCAAAGAAGGAGGUGGAUGGUAUGGGUGUUCCUGAUAUCAAGUAUGGGGACUCCGUGUGUUAUAUCCAACAUGUGGACACCUGUCUGUGGCUCACCUACCAGGCCAUGGACGCUAAGUGUGCACGAAUGGGCGGCGUGCAGAGGAAGGCCAUCAUGCACCACGAGGGUCACAUGGACGAUGGGUUGACCCUGUCCCGCUCACAACACGAGGAGUCCCGUACCGCACGGGUCAUACGCAGUACCGUCUUCCUGUUCAACCGAUUCAUCAGGGGUCUGGACACCCUCAGUAAAAAAGGAAAGACCUCGACCCUCGACCUACCGAUCGAGUCGGUCAGUUUGAGUCUGCAGGAUCUGAUUGGCUACUUCCAGCCUCCUGACGAGCACCUGGAGCACGAGGACAAACAGAACCGCCUCCGAGCCCUAAAGAACCGACAGAACCUCUUCCAGGAAGAGGGGAUGAUAAACCUGGUGUUGGAGUGUAUCGAUCGUCUCCACGUGUACAGCAGCGCGGCUCAUUUUGCUGAAGUGGCGGGGAGGGAGGCCGGGGAGGCCUGGAGAUCUACACUGAACUCGUUAUAUGAGCUCCUGGCUGCCUUGAUAAGGGGCAACAGGAAGAAUUGUGCCCAGUUCUCCGGCUCGUUGGAUUGGUUGAUCAGCCGGUUGGAGAGACUGGAGGCCUCGUCUGGUAUCUUGGAGGUCCUUCACUGUGUCCUGGUGGAGAGUCCUGAAGCUCUGAACAUCAUCAAGGAGGGACACAUCAAGUCAAUCAUCUCUCUGCUAGACAAACAUGGACGCAACCACAAGGUGGGCUGCAUCGCCAGGACAGUGAGCUCACCCAAUCAACAUCUCCUCCGUGUGGAUGACGUGGUCAGCUGUUGUCUGGACCUCAGCGCUCCCAGUAUAUCCUUCCGUAUCAACGGUCAGCCCGUCCAGGGGAUGUUCGAGAACUUCAACUCUGACGGACUGUUCUUCCCUGUAGCCAGCUUCUCCGCUGGGGUCAAAGUGCGUUUCCUGCUGGGUGGUCGCCAAGGAGAGUUUAAGUUCCUGCCCCCGCCGGGCUACGCUCCGUGUUUCGAGGCUGUGCUACCCAGGGAGAAGCUGAGAGUGGAACACAGCCAGGAGUACAAGGAGGACCACAGUGAGACCAGGGAUCUACUGGGUCCCACUAUCACCCUGUCCCAGGCUGCCUUCACCCCUACACCUGUUGACACCAGCCAGGUUGUUCUGCCUCCUCACCUGGAGAGGAUCAGGGAGAAGCUGGCCGAGAACAUCCAUGAGCUGUGGGUGAUGAAUAAGAUUGACCUGGGCUGGACCUACGGAGCUGUACGGGACGAUAACAAGCGGCAGCAUCCUUGUCUGGUGGAGUUCUCCAAGCUGCCUGAGCAGGAGAGGAGCUACAACCUACAGAUGUCUCUGGAGACUCUCAAGACUCUCUUGGCCCUGGGUUGCCACGUGGGGCUGGCUGAUGAGCACGCCGUGGAGAAGGUGAAGAACCUCAAGCUCUCCGCCACUUAUGAGCUGUCUAGUGGCUACAAGCCUGCUCCUAUGGACCUGGGGCACAUCAAGCUGGCCUCUACCCAGGAGGCCAUGGUGGACAAGCUGGCGGAGAACGCUCACAAUGUGUGGGCCAGGGAUCGCAUACGCCAGGGCUGGACCUACGGCAUCCAGCAGGAUGUGAAGAAUCGUAGGAACCCCCGCUUGGUUCCGUACACUCUGCUGGACGAGAGGACCAAGAAGUCCAACAAGGACAGUCUGAGGGAGGCUGUCCGCACCCUGCUGGGGUACGGAUACAACCUGGAGGCUCCGGAUCAGGACCAUGCCAGGGCAGACACCAGUAACAUGUCUGCAGAGCGGUUCCGUAUCUUCCGAGCUGAGAAGACGUACAGUGUGAACGCUGGGAAGUGGUACUUUGAGUUUGAGGUGUUGACGUCAGGGGAGAUGAGGGUCGGCUGGGCACGGCCUGGCUGUCUACCGGACCAGGAGCUGGGCUCUGACCAACACGCCUUCGUCUUCGACGGAUUCAAGGCCCAGCUGUGGCACCAGGGUAACGAGCACUUCGGCAGGUCCUGGGGACCAGGUGACGUGGUGGGCUGUAUGGUGGAUCUGAACGAACACACCAUGAUGUUCACGCACAACGGAGAGGUUCUCCUGGACCACUCAGGGUCGGAACUGGCCUUCAAGGACUUUGAGGUUUGGGAAGGUUUCAUCCCGGUGUGCAGCCUGGGUGUUUGCCAGGUUGGGAGGAUGAACUUUGGUAAGGACGUGAGCACGCUGAAGUACUUCACCAUCUGUGGUCUGCAGGAAGGCUACGAGCCCUUCGGCGUCAACAUGAACAGAGACCUCACCAUGUGGCUCAGCAAGAGACUGUCUCAGUUCAUCCCCGUACCUCCGCAGCAUGAACACAUUGAGGUCACGAGGAUGGAUGGCACCGUGGAGACUUUCCCGUGUCUCAAGGUCACCCAGAGGUCGUUCGGCUCCCAGAACAGUAACCCAGACAUCACCUUCUAUCGCCUCAGCAUGCCUAUAGAGUGUAACGAGGUGCUGGCCAAGUCACCUGGAGGGACGCUACAGUCUGGUGGGGGCUUCUCCUUCUCCUCUAAGAAAGAUCUGGACGACUUUGAGACCGUGUCCGACUUCGAGGUGUUGACGAAAUCUGCCCACUGCAACCUGGGCUCCAGUCUGGACAAGGAGAAGGACCAGUUCAACAACCACAAAGACUACAACCAGGAGAAACCCUCCGCGUUAAAGCAGAGAUUCAUGUUGAAGAGGACCAAGCCAGAGUUUACCAGCAGUAACUCUUCGGCCCGUCUAUCAGAGGAGGUGUUAGCUGACAGGGAUGACCUUGACUUCUUCAUGCAGACCUCCACUUACUACUACUCAGUGAGGAUCUUCCCGGGUCAGGAGCCCAGCAGUGUGUGGGUUGGCUGGGUGACCUCUGACUUCCACCAGUACGACAUGGCCUUCGACCUCCAAAAGGUCCGCACCGUCACCGUAACCCUGGGAGACGAGAAGGGCAAAGUUCACGAGAGGUCAGAUAUCUGGGGGUUCCUGGGGUCAACAUCAAGCGUAGUAGUAACUGUCUCUGUCUACAUGGUGUGGGCUGGAGAGAGUACGAGUCCUGGUCAGGGCCGGAACAACAACGGUCUGGAGAUUGGAUGUCUGGUGGACACAGUUAACGGACUGCUAACCUUCACUGCCAACGGGAAGGAGCUCAGCACCUACUACCAGGUGGAGCCCAGUACCAAGCUGUUCCCUGCUGUGUUCGCUCAGGCCACCAGCCCCAGCAUCUUUCAGUUUGAACUAGGACGUAUUAAGAACGUCAUGCCCCUAUCAGCGGGCCUGUUUAAGAGUGAGAGGAGGAACUCCUGUCCCCAGUGUCCUCCCAGGCUGCAUGUCCAGUUCCUGACCCCGGUGCUGUGGAGCAGGGUACCCAACCACUUCCUCAAGGUGGACGUAUCCCGGGUCAACGACCGCCAUGGCUGGCUGGUCUCCUGCUCUGAACCGCUCCAGUUCAUGUCCCUGCAUAUACCUGAGGAGAACAGGUCAGUUGAUAUCCUGGAGUUGACUGAGCAGAAGGAUCUGUUGAAGUUCCACUACCAUACUCUGAGGUUGUACUCUGCUGUGUGCGCUCUGGGGAACAACCGUGUGGCCCACGCCCUCUGCUCCCACGCCGACGAGGCACAGCUGCUCUACGCCAUAGAGAACAAGUACAUGCCUGGUCUCCUCAGGACUGGAUACUACGACCUGCUCAUAGACAUCCACCUCAGUACCUAUGCAACGGCGCGACUCAUGAUGAACAAUGAAUACAUCGUCCCCAUGACGGACGAGACCAAGUCCAUCACUCUGUUCCCCGACGAGACCAAGAAGCACGGCCUGCCAGGGAUCGGCCUGAGCACCUCUCUCCGCCCCAGAAUGCACUUCUCCUCCCCCUCCUUCAUCUGCAGCGGAGCCGACUGCUUCCAGUUCAGCCCCGAGUUCCCCCUGGAGGUCCUGAAGACCAAGACCAUAGAGAUGCUGACGGAGGCGGUGAGCGAGGGUCUACACGUCAGAGAUCCUAUAGGGGGCAGCACCGAGUUCCUGUUUGUUCCUCUCAUUAAGUUGUUCUAUACGUUACUGAUCAUGGGAGUGUUCCAUAACGGAGACCUGAAGAACAUUCUACAGCUGAUAGAACCCAGCGUGUUCUCAGAGGGAGGGGACGCGCCCGCGGACACGCCCGAGAGUGAUGUCACUAAGGGAGGAAGAGGAGGGGAGGGGCCUGGAGCAGAGGAGAGGGCGGGGAAGGUGCCUAAAGGACUGCUCCAGAUGAAACUCCCAGAGCCUGUCAAACUGCAGAUGUGCCACCUGCUCCAGUACCUGUGUGACUGUCAGGUGCGCCACCGUAUCGAGGCGGUGGUGGGCUUCAGCGAUGACUUCGUGGCUCAUCUCCAGGACAACCAGCGGUUCCGCUAUAACGAGGUCAUGCAGGCGCUCAACAUGUCGGCUGCCCUGACUGCCAGGAAGACCAAAGAGUUCAGAUCUCCUCCUCAGGAACAGAUCAACAUGCUGCUGAGCUUUAAGGACGAGAAGGUGGACUGUCCCUGUCCAGAACACAUCCGAGAACAGCUUGUAGACUUCCAUGAGGACCUGAUGACCCACUGUGGCAUAGAGAUCGACGAGGACAAGCUGAACGAGGCAGACAGUGACUUCACCAUCCGAGGAAGACUCAUGUCUCUGGUGGAGAAGGUGGUCUACCUGAAGAAAAAGAUGACUUUCAUGCCGAAGAACAAGAAGAAAGAUAAGAAACCCAGCACAUUGCAGCAGCUGAUCAGUGAGACCAUGGUACGCUGGGCCCAGGAGAGCAUCAUGGAGGACCCAGAGCUGAUCAGAGCCAUGUUUGUCCUGCUCCACCGUCAGUACGCCGGCAUCGGGGGCCAGGUCCGGGCCCUGCCCAAGGCCUACACCAUCAACUCAGUCUCCGUAGAGGACACAAUCAAACUGCUGGCGUCGCUGGGACAGAUCAGAUCGCUGUUAUCUGUACGCAUGGGGCGUGAGGAGGAGAAACUGAUGAUCAGAGGGCUGGGAGACAUCAUGAACAACAAGGUGUUCUACCAGCAUCCUAACCUGAUGAGAGCUCUGGGAAUGCAUGAGACUGUCAUGGAGGUGAUGGUUAACGUCCUGAGUGGAGGGGAAUCCAAGGAAAUCACCUUCCCUAAGAUGGUGGCCAACUGCUGUCGUUUCCUGUGUUACUUCUGUCGCAUCAGUAGACAGAACCAGAAAGCCAUGUUCGACCACCUCAGCUACCUGCUGGAGAACAGCAGCGUCGGGCUUGCGUCUCCCUCCAUGCGAGGCUCUACUCCACUAGAUGUGGCCGCUGCCUCUGUGAUGGACAACAACGAACUGGCUCUGGCCCUGAGGGAACCCGACCUGGAGAAAGUGGUGCAGUACUUGGCUGGCUGUGGCCUCCAGAGCUGCUCCAUGCUCGUGUCGAAAGGAUACCCUGACAUCGGCUGGAACCCCGUCGAAGGAGAGAGAUACCUCGACUUCCUCCGCUUUGCAGUGUUCUGCAACGGUGAGAGUGUGGAGGAGAACGCUAACGUGGUGGUGAGGCUGCUGAUUCGUCGUCCCGAGUGCUUUGGCCCCGCCCUCCGCGGAGAGGGGGGGAAUGGUCUCCUGGCAGCCAUGAUGGAAGCCAUCAACAUAUCAGAGGACCCCUGUAGAGACGGGCCCUCCCCUACCUCAGAGGCCGGCAGGACACUCAGUGAGGUGUUAUUGGAGGAUGAGGAAGACGACACUAUUCACAUGGGAAACGCUAUAAUGACCUUCUACGCAGCCCUCAUAGACCUGCUGGGGCGCUGUGCCCCUGAGAUGCACCUGAUUCAUGCUGGGAAGGGUGAGGCCAUCAGGAUACGAGCCAUCCUACGUUCCCUGAUCCCCAUAGAGGACCUGGAAGGAGUGAUCAGCAUCCCGUUCCCCAUGCCAACUCUGGCCAAAGAUGGGUCUGUGGUGGAGCCUGACAUGUCAGCAGGGUUCUGUCCGGACCACAAGGCAGCCAUGGUGCUGUUCCUGGACCGGGUCUACGGGAUAGAGGACCAGAACUUCCUGCUUCAUCUGCUGGAGGUGGGCUUCCUGCCUGACCUCAGGGCUGCUGCCUCGCUCGACACAGCUGCUCUGAGCUCUACAGACAUGGCUCUGGCCCUCAACAGGUAUCUGUGUACAGCUGUUCUUCCCCUGCUCACUAAGUGUGCCCCACUGUUCGCUGGGACAGAGCCCUACGCCUCGCUCAUAGACUCUCUACUUCACACCGUCUACCGGCUCUCUAAAGGAUGCUGCCUCACCAAGGCACAGAGAGACGCUAUCGAGGAGUGUCUGCUGGCUACCUGUGGUCAACUGAGGCCGUCCAUGAUGCAACACCUGCUGAGACGCUUGGUGUUCGAUGUUCCUCUCCUCAACGAACACACCAAGAUGCCUCUCAAGCUGUUGACCAAUCACUACGAGCGUUGUUGGAAGUACUACUGUCUGACGGGCGGCUGGGGGAGCUUUGGGGCGUCGUCGGACGAAGAGCUGCAUCUCUCCAGGAAGCUGUUCUGGGGCAUCUUCGAUGCUCUGUCUCGCAAGAGGUACGACCAGGAGCUGUUUAAACUGGCUCUCCCGUGUCUGAGUGCCGUGGCCGGGGCACUACCACCUGACUACAUGGAGAGUAACUAUGUGGCCGUGAUGGAGAAACAGUCCUCUAUGGACCCCGAGGGAAACUUCAACCCACAGCCAGCAGACACCACCAAUGUGAACGUCCCGGAGGAGCUGGAUCACUUUGUCACUAAAUACGCUGAGCAUUCACAUGACAAGUGGUCCAUGGACAAGUUUUCCAACGGCUGGGUUCACGGGGACAAGGUGUGUGAGGCCUCUAAAGUCCACCCUCUCCUCAAGCCCUAUAAAGGGCUGUCAGAGAAGGAUAAAGAGGUUUACCGCUGGCCUAUCAAGGAGUCUCUGAAGAUGAUGGUGAUGUGGUGCUGGAGCAUAGAGAGGACCAGGGAGGGAGACCCAGCCAGCCUACACAACAGAGCACGUAGGAUCUCUCAGAUCAGCCAGCAACACUCUGUCGAAGGAGCUCCAGGUUUCAGCCCCAGACCCAUCGACAUGAGCAAUGUGACACUGUCCCGGGACCUGCACUCCAUGGCAGAACUGCUUGCAGAGAACUAUCAUAAUAUUUGGGCGAAGAAGAAGAAACUUGAACUAGAAGCCAAAGGAGGAGGGAACCAUCCCUUACUGGUGCCCUAUGACACACUCACCGCCAGAGAGAAGUACAAAGACAGAGCAAAAGCCCAAGACAUCCUCAAGUUCUUUCAGAUAAAUGGUUACACUGUGUCCAGGGCCACGAAAGAGCAGGAGUUGGAUACUCCCUCCACAGAGAAGCGUUUUGCCUACACCUUCCUGCAGCAGCUCAUCACUUACGUAGACGAGGCCCACGAACACAUGCUGGAGUCUGACGUUGGGACACCACCGAAAGGAGAGAGCGUUCCUCACGAGCAGCAGAUGAAGUUUUUUGGAAAGGUGGUCCUGCCAUUGGUCGACCAGUACUUCAAGAAUCACCGCCUCUACUUCCUGUCCACGGCCAUCCGACCAAUCAGCAGCGGGGCACGCUCCAAUAAGGAGAAGGAGAUGGUGACAAGCCUGUUCUGCAAACUGGGACUUCUUGUCAGACAUAGGAUAUCAUUGUUUGGAAGCCAUGCUACCUCCAUAGUCAACUGUCUUCACAUACUGGGUCAGACACUGGACGCCAGGACGGUGAUGAAGACGGGUCUGGAGACGGUGAAGACGGCGUUGAGGACGUUCUUCGACAACGCAGCGGAGGACUUGGAGAAGACUUUAGAGAACCUGAAACAGGGCCAGUUCACUCACAGUCACUCCCAGCCCAAAGGAGUCACCCAGAUCAUUAACUACACCAGCAUAGCCCUGCUCCCUGUCCUCUCCUCCCUGUUCGAACACAUCGGGCAGAACCUCUUUGGGGAAGACCUCAUAUUGGAUGACGUCCAGGUGGCCUGUUAUAGGAUCCUCAACAGCCUGUAUAGUCUUGGUACCAACAACAGCAUCUACGUAGAAAGGCAGCGUCCAGCCCUAGGUGAAUGUCUUGCAGCGUUCUCGGGGGCGUUCCCUGUGGCCUUCCUGGAACCAGAGCUCAACCAGUUCAACAACUACUCCAUCUACAUUACCAAGGGCUCCCGGGACAGAACAGCUCUAGAUCUGCCCUUCCAGGUCGGAGAGAUGUGUCCAGUCAUCCCGUCCCUGGAGAAGUCUCUGGAGGAGAUCAUGGAUCUGGCUGAGUCCGGCCUGCACUAUACGCAGAUGCCUCACGUUAUGGAGGUGGUGCUGCCCAUGCUAUGCAGCUACAUGUCUCACUGGUGGGAGCACGGCCCAGAGAACAACCCUCCAGAGACUGCAGCCAGCUGCUGUACUCACCUCACCUCAGACCACAUGAAUAGUCUACUGGGCAACAUCCUGAAGAUUAUCUAUAAUAACCUGGGGAUCGACGAGGGGUACCACGACGCCACAUUCUACCUCCUCAUCCGCUUUGUAGACUACAACAGGGCCAAAUGGCUGAAAGAAUCGAACCCUGAGGCUGAGGAGCUCUUCCGCAUGGUAGCAGAGGUCUUCAUAUUCUGGUCCAAGUCUCAUAAUUUUAAACGGGAGGAGCAGAACUUUGUGGUUCAGAACGAGAUCAACAAUAUGUCCUUCCUCAUCACAGACACCAAGUCAAAGAUGUCCAAGGGAGCCGUGUCCGACCAGGAGAGGAAGAAGAUGAAGAGGAAGGGUGAUCGCUACUCCAUGCAGACCAGCCUCAUCGUAGCAGCGUUGAAGAGACUACUUCCUGUAGGACUGAAUAUCUGCGCUCCAGGAGACCAGGAACUGAUCGCUCUGGCCAAGAUCCGCUUCAGUCAGAAAGACACAGAGGACGAGGUGCGGGAGAUCAUCAGAAACAACCUGCACCUGCAGGGAAAGCUGGAGGACCCUGCUAUCCGCUGGCAGAUGGCUCUGUAUAAGGACCUUCCUAACAGGAGCGAGGACACGUCAGACCCGGAGAAGACUGUAGAGAGAGUCUUGGACAUCGCUCACGUCCUCUUCUAUCUAGACCAGGUGGAACAUCCACAAAGGAGCAAGAAGGCUGUGUGGCACAAGCUGCUCUCUAAACAGAGGAAGAGGGCUGUAGUGGCCUGUUUCAGAAUGGCUCCCAG